AUGUGGACAAUGAGCGAAGACGAGCUCGUGGCCGCCUCGCCGCCCCCGCCGGGCGUUGUGUCCAACUUCGACAACCCCGCCGAGUCCCUCGUGCCACAGGUGUUGGUCGUCGCCAUCCUGCUCAACCUCCUGGCCAUCAUCUUCUGCGGGAUCCGUCUGUACACGGUCAAGGUCGUGAUCCACCGUCACCAACGCGACGACGACCUCAUCUUCAUCGGAUUGCUCUUCGCCACGGCAUACUCGGUGAUACAAGUCUACGAGACUCGCAAUGGAGCUGGGCAUCAUAUUUGGGACGUGAGCCGGGCCGACGCCGUGGCUUUCCAUAAGCUGAGCAUGGUUGAUCUCGCGGCGUACAGCCUCUCCGUCCUCUUCACAAAGGCCUCGAUCCUUGUGUUCUACCUGCGCUUUCCUCUCAAGCGCGCUGUGAGAAUCGUCGUGUACGUGGUUAUGUUUGCGACGGUGGCGUACUCGCUCGCUGGCGCGCUUGGCUGGGCAUACCUCUGCACUCCCAUGGAGAAAAUUUGGGAUAUGGACGUUCCGGGAACCUGCGUUGAUAGGUCAAUGUGGUGGUUGAUGCUAUCCGUUUGCAACGUCGCCACCGAUCUCGCUAUCUUGCUGCUACCAAUCUGGAUUCUCUCACCUCUUUCGUUAAGGCUGGUCAAGAAGAUUGAAAUGACGAUCUUCCUCAUGGCCGGAGGCUUUGUCCUCGGUCCCAGCAUCGUCCGCAUGGUUAUGAUUCCUCUGGGUUUCAACAACGCCGACUUCACCUGGACCGCUUCUAUAAGCAUCAUCUGGUGCGUCGUGGAGGCCAACGUUGGUAUCAUUUGCACCUGUCUACCUUUCCUCAAGGCUUUCAUGAAGCACGUGGCGCCGGGCAUCGCCAAACGGUUCUACGUCCCGGACGAGCCGCAAUCACCCACGGUCUUUGACCGCGCUGCCGCUCUACAGAGUCUGCCGCCAGUUCCUAAGUCAGCACGACGCAAGAGCUUCGGCAGGCAGGCUGUUGGCGACGUUCCGGACGCUGAGAUGCGCACGAUUCGAUCAAAUUGGCCGUUGAAGAACGAAGAGCCUUUUGAUCACGUCGACUACCAAGAUAUCAGACUGUCGCAAGAUCACAAAACGCCAUACCCUGCGAAGCCUGUGGAUGUUGCGGAGAUGGUGUGA